AAGCAUUUGGGCUCCCAAGUGACAACUGUGUUCCCGUCACAACUUGUGAGUCAUGGCGCAACCGGACAUGAAGAUGUCUGCGAACCCCUCCAUGGACUUCACCAGCCUCCUGGAGGGAGAAGACCGUGACAAGGUGAAGGAGAUCCUCGCUGAGAAGGCCCAGCCGGGCGAGGAGAAAUCCUCCGACUGCAAGAUGCAGAAGCAGAUGUCCCGAAUCUCAACUGAGGCUUCAGUGGGUACUGAAGAAGAGGCAAAUCCGUGCUUCCAGUACGAGGCGGUGAACCUGGACGUGCCAGUGGUCAUUGUGGCUUCGGAGAUCCACCCGUGGUCCAAGAGUGGCGGGCUCGCCAUCGUGGCUGGGCAGUACGCGUACAAUUUUGCGGUGCGCGGGCACAGAACCAUGGCCAUCGCACCCAUGUACGACGACUAUGAGGGCGCCUUCUACCAGUGUACCAAGAGCUUCGAGAUUUUCGGCGCGCAUCACGAGGUCCGCUACUUUCAUCACUACCAAUCCUACGGAGAUGGCAAGGGCUGCGACUACGUCUUUGUGGACCAUCCAUCCUUCCGCAGGCCGGGGGGUCUCUACCACAACCUGUCGGACAACCAGGAGUACUCAGACAACCUGUUCAGGUUCGCCCUCUUCUCGCUGGCCGCCCUCGAGGUUCCCGUGGCCAUUGAGCUGGGUGGCGCACCUUGCUAUGGUGGACGGGUGAUGUUUGUCGCCAACGACUGGCAGACAGGACUCCUUCCGGUCUACAUGGUCCACAGGCACCGUGCCUUCGGGAACUACAACGAGGCUCGUUGCAUGUACGUGAUCCACAAUCUGGGGUACCAGGGAUGCUAUCCCCUGCGCCUGGGCCUUCCGGGCACCAAGCAGUUCGACAACUUCGCCCAGCUGGGGCUCCCCUUCGCCGCCCUCGGGGACCUGCUCUACCAAUACCCCUUGCAUGAGAGGACCUUCCCUGGCGACACAGGCGAGACCCUGAACCUCACCAAGGGCGCAAUUCAGUGCUGCGAUCGGCUGCUCACUGUGUCCCCCACCUACGCGGAGGAGAUCCGCAGCGCGGAGGGCGGCUUCCGACUCCACGACUUCGUGAACGCGAAGAGCUACUUCCUGGCGGGCAUCCUCAAUGGUAUCGACGCGAGCUGGGACCCUGUGACUGACGACACCAUCGCCUCCAAGUUCAGCUCCGAGAAGCUGUCUGGGAAGAAGGUGUGCAAGCGCUUUUUGCAGCGCAAGCUGGGGCUCCAGGAGGAUGAGGAUGCCUGCAUCAUCAGCUUCGUGGGGCGGCUGACGGACCAAAAAGGCGUUGACCUGAUUGGCGCCUGCGUCCACUGGCUCAUGGAGGACCACAAAGACGGAAUGUCGAACGUGCAGCUCAUCAUGAUGGGCAACGGCGAAGAGCACUUGGGCAACAUGCUCCGCUGGGCUGAGUCCAGCUGGAAGGGCCGGGUUUGCGGGUACUGGGGCUUCAACCCCCACACGGAGAGGGAGAUCAUUGCGGGCUCCGACCUUUUCCUGAUGCCGUCCAGGUAUGAGCCCUGCGGCAUUCCACAGAUGUGCGCCAUGAAGUAUGGCACCAUCCCCUUGGUGCACGCCACCGGCGGUCUCAAGGACUCGGUGAGGAGUUUCUACACCGAGCCCGAGACGGCCACAGGUUUCCAUGUGUGGCCAUUGAACGAGGACAGCCUGAAGAAAGUCAUUUUUGAUGCGAUGAGCAUAUACUUCAAGCAGCCCGAGGAAUUCCAGAAGAUGAUUGAGAGGGCCAUGGUGCAGGACUUCAGCUGGCCCAGAGCCAUCGAUGACUAUGAGCGACACUUCGAUUGGACCAUGGCGGAUCCUCCCUUCUGGGGCAGGCCGUAGCUGAACCCGGCACUCGAACGAGCUCGAAGCAUUGGCUCGCGAAAUCUUUGAACAGCUCGGGCACCCGCGUCCUUUUCCAGUGGCUUUCCCGGGUGCAGCCCCGAAAUUUUGGGGACCCCGGUGGU